AUGUUGGGGAAAGCCGAUCGUCCAGAUGCUUCAAGUUCAAAGAUGGCGCGAUUCAGGCACCGGCCUCAUGCAAACCCGCUUGCAGACAAUGACUUCCAAUUUCCGUGUACAGAGCCGGAUGAGUUCCCUUUCGAUCUAUAUUACCCUACAUGGACAAGUCAAAGAAGUACGGAUGCACGAGAGUAUCAUUUUGAUAUUGUGGAUAUUGGAUGCGGCUAUGGUGACUUUGUGCGCAAUGUAAGCCUUGCUUUUCCCGAUCUGCUUGUUAUAGGCUUAGAGCUUAGAGACAUCCCUGUAGUGCUGGGGCAGCAGGCUCUUCUGAAUGGCCGCUCUGCAGGCCAAAAUGAAAACGCAGCAAUCAUUCGGUGCAAUAUAAUGAAGCACCUCCCUAGGUUGCUAGCUCGACAGAGCGUUAGAUACCUCACUGUCAUGUUUCCUGAUCCUCAGUUCAAAGCUUCACAUGCUCGGCGUCGUGUCAUCUCACCACAACUUCUCAGUGAGUAUGCUUACUAUUUAAAGUCCGGAGGCUUCCUAUUUGUUUGCUCAGAUUUACAAGAUCUUUAUCUGUACAUGUGCAGCACAAUAGCUGGACACCCUUUCUUUUGUGAGCUUCAGCACGAAGAAGGAGCAGAUGAUAAUGACGGUGAUACUCGAGUUGUAAAGACAAUCCUGAAGCUUAUGGACAAAACAGCGGAUGCAGAGAGACAUAUGAGAAAGGAUGCAGACAAGACAGUAUACAAGGCUGUUUUUCGGUGUACCAAGCCACACUGUAUGUAA